AUGUAAAUACUCAAUACCCUCCAAAAACAAAGACAAAGGAACUGCUAAAAUUACUAACCUACGUACAUGAUUUGGAAAACUCAUAUAUAAAUAUAAAGACCAUCACAUAACAAACCAUGCCUCAAUAUUUGUCUCUUUUUUCUUCUAUUUCUUCAACAACUUCCUAUACUUUAUAUUUCCUUCUUCAAGUUUUUCUUUUUUUAAUAUUUUUUUUCUUUAUAUAGAAAGAGAGAUAUUAUAGGUAUGGCUGAAUCAUUUGAUGAAGAGUGUGAUUACCUAUUCAAGGCUGUUCUUAUUGGAGAUUCUGGGGUUGGGAAAUCAAAUCUUCUCUCAAGGUUUGCAAAAGAUGAAUUUCGCUUAGAUUCAAAGCCAACCAUAGGGGUUGAAUUUGCUUACCGGAAUAUAAAGGUUGCUGACAAACUCAUCAAAGCCCAGAUAUGGGACACUGCUGGCCAAGAAAGGUUUAGAGCCAUUACCAGUUCAUACUACCGUGGAGCACUAGGUGCGUUGCUAGUUUAUGACAUAACCAGGCGAGCAACGUUUGAGAAUGUGAAGAAAUGGGUGCGAGAGCUGAGACAAUUUGGCAGUGCAGACAUGGUGGUUAUUCUUGUGGGGAACAAAUCUGAUUUGAGUCACUCUAGAGAAGUGAAUGAGGAAGAAGGAAAAAGUCUUGCCGAGGCAGAAGGUUUAUGUUUCAUGGAAACAUCUGCGUUAGAGAAUAAGAAUGUGCAGGAAUCAUUUUUACAAAUGAUUACUAAAAUCCAUGAAAUCACAAGCCAAAAAAGUUUAGAAGCUAAAACAUUCGAAACAUCAACAACUCUUGGCCGUGGAAAGGAAAUAAUUAGUAUUGAUGAAGUUACGGCAACUAAACAACCUAGCUGUUGCUCAAGCUAGAGAGUGCUGAAUAUAUUUCCAAUUUUUCUUUUCAAGUAUUCUUACAUAGUUUCUAUA